UCACAUCAGCCACAACAGAAAGGCCACUACUCCCCCUCGCCCUCUCUCUCUCUCCCCCUCUCCAACAAGAAAUCAGUAGCUCAAUCCUUCCACUCAUCUUUACAUCUCUGUAUUUACAAAAAGUCGCUCCUGUAGCUACUAGCUAACAACCACUAUAUAUCUUCUAAUCCUAUCUGACGUCUGGUCCUUGAUUAGUCCUUGUUGCUUGCUGCUUCUAUAUCAUCGUCCUGGUUGCUUCAACCUCAUCUUCCUCCUCUUCGCUAGCUCCUCCUUUGAUCAAUUGCUUGAAUUACGCAAGGCGACCGGGAGGAAUGUCGGCGCCUCAGAUCGUGCCGGCGCUGGAGCAUGUGUGCUACGUACACUGCAACUUCUGCAACACAAUUCUCGCGGUCAGUGUCCCGAGUAAUAGCAUGCUGAACAUUGUGACAGUCCGUUGUGGGCAUUGCACUAGCCUGCUGUCAGUGAACUUGAGAGGACUGAUCCAAUCACUUCCUGUCCAGAAUCACUUGUGUUUGUUGGUGCAGGAGAAUCUCAAGGUCCACAAUUUCAGUUUUAGUACUGAAAACUACUGUGAGUAUGCACCUUCGUCUUCAAAAUACCGGAUGCCAACGAUGUUCUCAACAAAAGGCGAUCAGGAUCAUAUGCUGCACGUGCGCGCUCCAGAGAAGAGGCAACGUGUUCCUUCAGCAUACAAUAGAUUUAUUAAGGAAGAGAUACGAAGGAUUAAAGCAAGCAACCCGGCCAUAAGUCAUAGGGAAGCAUUCAGCACCGCAGCAAAGAACUGGGCACAUUUUCCAAACAUACAUUUUGGCCUAGGGCCCCUUGAGAGUAGCAAGAAGCUUGAUGAGGCCAUUGGUGCAGCAGGUCAUCCCCAUAAAGUCCAAGAUCUCUACUAGAGGCUUACAACACCCAUCCUGAUUCCGUGUGUUGUAAGUAAUUUUAGAAGAAAAAAACUACCUGAAAUUCCGAAUCGGUUUGUGAGUGGCGCACAUAUAUAGGUAAGUGAUAUCAUGAAGAAGUAAGAAAUUAAGAUGUAUAUAUAUGUACGAGAACAUAAUGCUACUGAAUAAGUGCUUCAUCAUGUUGUUAUUUAAUAUCGGUUUGAAAUAAACUAUCCUUUGUGUAAA